AUGGUCUUCGAUCAGGGCGUUGGCAAUAUCGGCGCAGCAUCGCAGAAAGCGCUCAUUCUCGGGUGGCAGGUUAUCGUUCUUGGACCGAGACUUAGUGACGGUGGCGGUGGUGGUGGCCAUCUUGACUGGUUGCUAGGCCGUUUGGCCGAGAGAUUCCAAGAUGCCUACGAGUUUGUCGGGUCGAUUCGCCUAUCUGCCGUAGUGUAG